CUGCUAGUUGCUAAAAAUACUGUAACAUGAGUAAUACCCUUUAGAAUUUGAAAUGUCUGAUAUGGUUUAAUGUGGCAAUAAUUCAGGCCAAAGUUCCUCUAAAGUACAAAAGAAUUUGUUUUUUACACUGUUUUAAGCUUACUAUAAACUGGAAAAUAUGCAACUGUGCACAAACUAUUUAAAUACAUCUAAUUCUAAAUAACAAUCCUUGAAAAUGUAAUGCAUCUAGCAUUAACAGUUCAAAAGUUGUGACUUAUGGUACAUGGCCUUUUUUUUUUUAAUAACUUUCUUUUUUUCUUUUUAAUCAUAAUUAGACCCAUAGAACCUUUUUGAAAGCCCCCAUAUCUCAGAAAUUAAAGAACAUCUUGCACACUAGUUAUUAGGUGCAAUGACAUUCGUUUCAGCAAGAACAAGGCAAAUUGGAGAUGGUCAGUUAGAAAUAUUUUCCAAAAUCUGUUUAUUUUGACACAGAUUGACUCAUUAUCAUAUUUUCUUUAACACAAUACAUUUUUUCCUAUGGAAUUUUAUGCACCAUUCAAAGCAUACCUAUUAUGGGUGUAAUAAUCUGGUCCAGAAAUAGAAAAAUCCCAUUGUUUAAUGAUUCUUUCAUUGGCAUAUUAGUUUUUAGGGUCUUUGCUUACAUCUUCAUCUUAGCUGAGGGCAUCAGUUAUUUAAUGAACCCAAUAAAUAAUGAAAAUGUUUCUUUAAUCACCUUAACUGUCAUCUGCAUUUCCCCAAAUGCAUAAAUGAUUGCUGUAUGAAACCUCUCACCAUUUGUUUUCUUUGUAUAGAAGUGAAAAAUCCCUUUCAUUUAUUAACUGGUCAAAAUGCUUUUAUGUAGCGAAUCAAUCUGUUUUCAAAUUUGCUUGAACUGUUUCAGGGCUACAGGAACUGAAACUAGUCCUGAAAGCAUAAGGCAUCAGGAGAGGAACAACCCUGAAUGGAGUGCCAGUCUAUCUUGGGAUAUAUUCAUUCACACACCUACACUCAUACUGGACCAAUUUAGAAUCAUUAGACGCCGUAUUUAAUCAUGUCAACAGCAGAGACAACAGACUGCGAGAAUGAGUUUCCAGACCAUUACAAAGUCAUGAUGGACAGACUGAAUGAACAACGGAAGCUGGACCAAUUCACUGACAUAACUUUAAUUGUGGAUGGCCACCAGUUCAGGGCUCAUAAAGCUGUCCUUGCUGCCUGCAGCCAGUUUUUUUAUAAAUUUUUUCAGGAUUUCAAAAUGGAACCUUUGGUGGAAAUUGAAGGUGUAAGUAACAUGGCUUUUCGUCAUUUGAUUGAAUUCACCUACACAGCUACACUUGCAGUUAAUGGUCAUGAAGAAAUAAAUGAUGUAUGGAAAGCCGCAGAGUACUUACAGAUGCAAGAGGCAAUUAAAGCACUUAAAAGCAGGAUCAAAGCUGGUUCCCCAGUUUCAACAACCAAGGGACCAAUACAGAAGAGCAAAGCUAAAAAACGAAAGAUUGCUGAAACAUCAAAUGUGAUUACUGAAACUUUGCCUUCAGUAGAAACUGAGCCAGUAGAGAUUGAAGUUGAGAUAUCAGGUGGAACUAUUGAUGUAGAGGAACGAAUUGAAGUUUUGGCAGAGGUAGCAGAGCCAGUAAAAGAAGCUGAGAAUUCCCAAGGGAACUCUGAUGAUUCUGCAUUAGCUUUGCUAGCUGAUAUUACUAGCAAAUAUCAGCAAGGGGAACAGAAUUUGCAAGCUGCAAAAAAGGAUGAAAUACAAACUGUUUCAGAGAAUCAAGAGGAAACUGAUGUGGUCAGUCCCCCAAAAGCAGUCGAGAGCAUUGAAGUUGUGGAAGUGCAAAUCUCCCAACUCAAUAAUGUGUUUCAUUGUGACAAAUGUGAUCGAUCUUUCAAACUAUAUUACCACUAUAAGCAGCACUUGAAGUUGCACUCGGACAAAGCCUAUGUUUGUCCUCACUGCAGCAAGAUAUAUUCCCGUGAAAGCGCUCUCAAACAUCAUGUGACAUGCAACCAUUUUGAUGUGGAGCAGGCUCGUCGUCACCGGCCUCAAAAGAAGGUUCAUGUGUGUGCUUAUUGCGAAAAACAGUUUGACCAUUUUGGCCAUUUCAAGGAACAUCUCAGGAAGCACACAGGGGAAAAGCCAUUUGAGUGUCCCAAUUGCCAUGAACGCUUUGCCAGAAACAGCACUCUAAAAUGUCACUUGGCAGCAUGUCAGAAUGGUGCUGGUGCUAAGAAAGGAAGAAAGAAGCUCUAUGAGUGCCAGGUAUGCAGUAGUGUGUUUAACAGCUGGGAACAAUUCAAGGACCAUCUGGUAAUACAUACUGGGGAAAAACCUAAUCAUUGUACUAUUUGUGAUCUUUGGUUUACUCAACCAUCUGACAUGCGCACACAUCUUCGAGACUGUCACAAUAUUCAUGAAAGAGUUUUGACUGAGGUAAUACUUCAAGAUCAUGUCACAACAGAUGAAACAGCAGAGGCACUGUUGGAGGAUGUCCGUGUAGAACAUUUGACUGUGGAGGAAGUUCAUAUUGAUCCAUCUCAAGUGGUUGAAGCUGUUCAGGUGCAUGUAGACCCUGUUGAAGUAGAGCAGCGUAAAGAUCAGCAUAUUCAGGAUAAUGAGGAAAAGUCGGCAGAGGCUGAAGGCCGUGAGGUAACUGAUGGACAGACUACAGAAGCACAGGUGGAAGAGCACAUAGAAAUUGGUUCAGAACAAGUCUCAGAUAGCACUGUACCACACUAUUUAGAACAUACUGUGCAAGAGGUUGAAAUGGAACAUGAGCAAGUGGAAAUUCAUGUGGAAGAGACUGAAGUAAUACAAGAGGAAGAAGUAUAAGCAACAUAUUGAGAAAGUAGUAUGUGAAGAACUUUGACCUCCUAUAAUGCAGAAAGCAUAAUGGAUUUUGCUUUUUCAAUUAGAGGGGAAUAUUUCUUCCUCAAUGUGUUUUAGCCUAUUUAAAACUGAAAACCUAAACUCCAGGAAUAUGAGUGUACAUUUGAAAAAUAGACAUGCAUAUUUAAAAGAAUUACUAAUUUGCACCCUGUCAUCUUUGUACUUCUCAUUUUCUGAAAUUAGCUACUGUAAUUGUUUUUAUGUUUUUUGUAGUUUGCAUAAAUACUGGUAUUUUUUUUGUAAAAAAGACAUACCAGUUAAUAUAUUUCCCCUACCCAGGGAAAACCAUGCUUCUAAAAGAAGAAUGUAAAUGUAUAUUUUAGACAUAACGCAGUACACAGGUCAUGCUUGCCUAUUAAAAGGUGCAAGAGACCUCUGAAGCUUAAUUAUACUGUAUGUUCAGUUCUUUAUCAAAUAUUUAAAAGGUAGAUUUCAGGCAAUGCUGACAGCAUGGAGAUUUUUCUGUAAAAUUAUUUGAUGGUACUCUGCUGCACUAUGUAUAAAUAACAUAAUAAUUUGUCCCACACUGAUUAUGAUUCAACCAACAUUUCUAAUGUUUAUUUGUUAUAACUAAUGUGUCCAUGUCAUUCCAAUUUGGAAGAACACUAGAUAUUGUAUUAAUAUUGUACAUGCUUUUUAAAAAUGAUAAAAUCUUAUUUGGCUGUACAUUUUUUUUUCUUUGAAGUGGGGGAGGCCGUACAAUGUCAAAAAAAGCUUUAAGUCUUCUAUGUGAUAUCCCAAGAAUAUUGAGAUUACAUACUUGAAAGUCACUCUUAACUGCUUAGUGGUCUUUGUACAUGUCUUUUUCCUGUCUUCCAUAGAUAAAGAAUCCUAAGAUACUUUAGGUAUGUGUAAUAUUACGGUGGUUUUACAGACAUUUUAAAGACCUGAAUUCAGCUAAGUGUUUGGUUCCUUUUGGUGCCAAAAGAAAAUUGGAAUAAGUGUGGCCCAUUAGGGAUACAGUUUAAAUGUCAUUAGUUACAGCUAUAUUUCAAAGUUACUGAUUCUUUUAAUUGAUCCUUACUGUUUAUUCAUUUUUAUUUUGACGUGGCAAGGUUUUUAUUUAUUAAGCUUAUAAUUUUUUGUAAUCUGAUAAAAAUGUAAGCAUAAAACCUAGUAACCAUUCAUAUUUACAUAGCAACUAUUCAUUUUUGUAUAUUCAUAUUUUACAGUGGAUACUAGUGACCAAAUAAAUAUACAUGAAAUAA